UUCCUGCCCCAAGGGUGCACCGGUGCGGUACAGGCAGGGCGGCAAGAUCAACCACCAGCAAAUCACAAGAACAAGAGAAGAAUCAAUCCGACAGCACCCCUCUCCCUCGCAUCUACUUGCUCGCCCAGCAGCCGCCCCAACCCUCGCGUCCGCAUCGAUUCGAGGCAGCUCGCUCUUAUAUAUCCCAUUCCGCUCGGUUGGAUUCAGCUUCCCCUCGCCCUCCCUCGUCGAUAAAACCGAUGCACCGUGCCGCCUCGCGAACCCUAGCGGCGGCGGGACGAGGGGAAGAAGGUUACAGGCACGGCGCGUGAAGGGUCCUGUCCUGCCCAGUCCCGUCUGGUCCGCCGCGAUGCCGUGGCCCGAGAUGUGGCUGCCUCCCGCGGCCGGGGAGGGGGCGGUGGCGGCGGGGCUGUUUCUCGAUGGCGUCGAUGGGACGGCGCACGGCGCGCUCCUCGCGGCCAUGCCCGGGUGCUCCCUGUCGUUCGGGCACCAGCAUCGGCGCCGACGUGGGGCGCCGCUGGGGUUUCUGUCGCUGACAAUGUCGGUGAAGGGGGGUAGGGGGUUCGCGCCGGCCCCGGUUGGGUUGCUCCCCGACGCGGAGGAGAAGGCCAGGGCGGAGGAGUCGGACGCGCUGGUCGCGGGGAAGAGGGCUGUGGAAGUGGCCGCGGAGGCGGAGGGAGUGAUUCUGCUGCAGGAGAAGGAGAAGAAGGACGGUCGUGCUGGAGCUGGAGCGAUGAACGUGAGCAAGCAUCUCUGGGCUGGAGCAGUUGCUGCCAUGAUCUCGAGAACAGUUGUUGCUCCUCUUGAGAGGUUAAAGUUGGAGUAUAUAGUUCGUGGUGAGCAGAGGAAUCUAUUUGAGCUUAUGCAUGCUAUUGCAACAACACAAGGGUUGAAAGGCUUUUGGAAAGGGAACUUUGUCAACAUCCUCCGCACUGCUCCAUUCAAGGCAGUCAACUUCUACGCAUAUGACAGUUACAGAAAGCAACUGCUCAAAUGGUCUGGUAACGAAGAAUCUGCAAACUUUGAGAGAUUUAUUGCUGGUGCUUUUGCUGGUGUUACAGCAACGAUUAUGUGCAUACCUAUGGAUACAAUCAGGACAAAGAUGGUAGCUCCUGGUGGUGAAGCUUUAGGCGGGGUCAUUGGUGUUGCCCGCCACAUGAUCCAAACUGAAGGAUUCUUCUCGCUGUAUAAGGGAUUGGUGCCUUCUCUUAUCAGCAUGGCACCCUCUGGCGCUGUAUUCUAUGGAGUGUAUGACAUACUGAAGAUGGCUUAUCUGCAUUCUCCUGAAGGAAAGAAAAGGGUAUCGAUGAUGAAGCAACAAAAACAAGAGACAAAUGCAUUGGAUCAACUUGAACUGGGUACUGUGAGGACUUUACUCUAUGGGGCCAUUGCUGGUUGCUGUGCUGAAGCUGCUACAUACCCAUUUGAAGUGGUCCGUAGGCAGCUACAGAUGCAAGUAAAAGCAACCAGAAUGAAUGCGCUUGCAACAUGCCUUAAGAUUGUUGACCAAGGUGGGGUACCAGCACUGUAUGCUGGUCUAAUCCCCAGCUUGUUACAGGUUCUACCAUCAGCAUCGAUCAGCUAUUUUGUUUAUGAGUUAAUGAAGAUAGUUCUGAAAGUGGAGUGAAUACAAAUUCAUUGGUGAGCCUACAAGCAAGUUCAAAUGGCUACCACGUAUCUUGAUGAAAUUGCCGGGCAUCCCCAGUAACUUAUGCUGUGAGGGUAGUUUCAGGUUGGUAAAAUGGUUGUUCAGCUGAAGCUUUGCACACUAGUUGACUAAAUUGCACACGCGGUCCUAUUCGAGACCCGAUUCAGUGGCUUAAUAGAAGAUUGUUCUCUUCGACUCCGUCCUAGGGAAAACAUCUCGGCCCUGCCCAAUUUCCGUUGACAAAUUUUACAUACUUUAUCGUUGAUGUAUGUGACACAUUGACAGCAAGCCAGAGUGACAUUUGAGUGAUUUC